AUGCAGCAGCAGCCAGUUGCCGCCAGAAGGGCCAAGAUCAGCAGCAGCAGGAGCUUCAGCAGCAGGAAGAGCAGCAGCCAGCCAGUUGCCGCCAGAAGGGCCAAGAUCAGCAGCAGCAGGAGCUUCAACAGCAGGAAGAGCAGCAGCAGCAGCAACAGCAGCAGGGAGAGCAGGACGAUAAAUGAGGAGUUGCAGGCUAUAGAAGACAGCCUGGGUUCUGCUGUUUCACAGCUGCUGCAGUUUUAUGCCAACGAUCUCUCCUCGUCGACGCUUGUAUUGAAGGGGUUUAUGGGGACCACUGAACAAGUUGUUAAGGGGCUUCCCCCCCUGCAGGAGAAGAGCGCUCGCGAGCUGCUUGCUGCUUCUGCAGCAAACACCGAGUUUGCUGCAGCAGCAAAGACAGCUGCCACGACCCUGACCGGGGCUCUCAAGGACCUUCAGUCCACUGCUGCUGCAGCGUUGCAUGCGCAUGCUUUGCGGGCUCAGAGAUUUCUUUAUCGUGAGUGUAGUGAUGUACUGGCGCUGCAGCAGGAGCUCUGCUGGAUGGAGACAAAGCGUCAGCUGUCUCUGGAUGAAGCAGCCGGCACCGCUCUAGAUAUCCUUGAUGCAGUUGAUGGCGUGCUGAAAGUAGAAGACGCUGCUAGGAACGAAUCGGUGCAGAAGCGCAUGUGGUUGAUGGCGUACAAGACCCGUGAAGAGGCAGCAGCAACAGUUGAUGCAAUUGCGAAUACCCUUUCCUCUCUAGACAUGAAUAACGCUGCUGCAGGAAACGAGGAGCAGCAGCAGCGGCAGCAGCAGCAGCAGCAGCAAGGCACCGGGCCAGGAGAAACCCCUUCUUGUUCCAGUCCGUUUGUAGGGAAGUUGCUGGCAGCUCAGCUGCAACAGAGGCGCAUGCGGUUGAUGGCAUACAAGACCCGUGAAGAGGCAGCAGCAACAGUUGAUGCAAUUGCGAAUACCCUUUCUUCUCUAGACGUGAAUAACGCUGCUGCAGGGAACGAGGAGCAGCGGCAGCGGCAGCAGCAGCAGCAGCAGCAAGGCACCGGGCCAGGAGAAACCCCUUCUUGUUCCAGUCCGUUUGUAGGGAAGUUGCUGGCAUCUCAGCUGCAACAGGUGAAGCAGCAGGAGGUCGCUUUGCGUCAGCAUAUCGUCGCCGUAGGAGAAUCCAUCAGAGACAGGAGUAGCACGGACGGGGAUGCUGCGGCUGUUCUAUCCAAGGCAAGAAGUGCAGCUAUGAGAACUGAGGCGCUCAGCGAAGAAGCAGAGAGGCUGCAGCUGCGGCGGCGUCUCUUAGAGGCGUUAGAAGCUGAUAUGCAGCUCAGUGUAAGUCUGGCCGAAAGCGCAGCAGCAGCAGUGGGAGCAGCAGCAACAGCAGCAGCAACAGAAACAGAACACCAGCGCCCGAAACGACUCUGGAAUAUCCGCCUGCCUGUGCAGGAAAGCGCGCGGUUUAAGGGGCUGCUAGAGCAAGCAGCAGCAGAGAAACAUCAGAAAGGAGAGAGGGUGGAGGAUGCCGAAGUUGAGAAUGUAAGGGGUUUCGGUUUUUUCUACAAGUCCAGCAAGAGGGGCUUUACGUCGUUUCUCGUUUCUUUAGUGAUUAGUUGUUUUGUAAUUGUUCAUUCAAUUUCCGGCGAUCGCUUAAGACGAGGAAAGCUGGAAAUGUAUAGAGGGGCCCAGCAGUUUAAAACAGCUGCUGAUGGCCCCCGAAUCCGAUCCUUGCAGCAGCAGAAGCAGCAGCAGCAGCAGCAGCAGCAGCAGCAGCAAGAGCAGCGAGUCCUUCCUCCCCAGCAGCAGACGAACUCAACAGCAGCAACAACAGCAGCAGCAGCAGUAGUAGUAUUUUCAGCAGGAGCCCCCGCUGCAACGACGAAGGGAAAUGCUCUUGGGGUGUACAAGUGCUGCACGGCUGAUGGCGCGUGCCUCUGA